CUGCUAUUCUUGUCCCCAACAACCAACAACCCCCCCUCCCACGUUCCCACCUCCAUACAAAGAACCUCCCCCACCUCCCCACCCUCCUGCGCCUCCGUCCACCCUCAAAGGACAAACAGUGAAGAAGAGAAGAACUCGGAAAAUGGCUCGCCGCCACGCGUUCCCCAUGUCGGUGCUCGCAGCGGUGCUCGCAGCGGCGGUGAUCGCUGCGGCCUUCGCGAGCCGCCUCGCUUCGGCGAAUUCGACGACGGACUGCAUCAACAAGCUGGUGCCGUGCUUCCAGUACCUGAACUCGACCGCGGCGCCGCCGGCGAGCUGCUGCAACCCGCUCAAGGCGCAGGUGGCGACGGCGAUCGGCUGCCUCUGCAACCUGUACAACACUCCGGGCUUGCUCGACAGGUACAACAUCAACGUCACGCAGGUGCUCGGGGUCGCCCACGGAUGCGGCGUCAAUGCCACCACUAGCGUCUGCAAAGCGAGUGCUCAGUCUCCGACAUCUCCAGGCGUAGCUGGGAGCGCCGGGAGCCCCGGUGGAAUCAGAGUCUGGACAGGGGUUUCUUGGUUCCUCCUGCUGAUUUGGGCACCAACGAUGCUUUAUUGAGACCUGCGGGAAAUAGGAAAUGACCGAGUUUGUUGAGCAUUUUAGUUCCGAGGAGCAUCACAUUUCCGGAGCACAGAGAUUUUUGAAUCGGUUUCUUUGUCACCCCUUUUGCUCAAACGUUUGAUUGUUUCAGUCAGCGUCAAUUAUGAUUCUCGAUGAUCGUCGCAUCGUCUUUAUCGCAAGCAUGGAGUUUAUCAAGUGUUUUCUGCUUUCGUGCGUACCGACUGAAUAAAGUGAUGUAUUCCGAUUU